AUGUCUUCCCAAAAACACAAACUCAACCUUGUCUUGUUUCCUCUGAUGUCCCAAGGCCACAUGAUCCCCAUGAUGGACAUAGCAAAAAUCCUGGCACAGCAGGGUGUCACUGUCACAGUGGUCACCACACACCAAAACGCAUCUCGUUUCACAGCAACUUUUUCUCGUUCCAUUGAUUCAGGGUCUCAAAUCAAAUUACUUGAACUCCAGUUCCCAUAUCAGGAAGCUGGAUUGCCAGAAGGGUGUGAGAAUCUUGACAUGUUACCUUCACUAGGUACUGGCUUGACUUUCUUCAAUGCUGCUAACAGCAACACCCUGAAGGAACAAGUAGAAAAACUCUUUGAAGAGUUAACGCCCCCACCAAGCUGUAUAAUUUCUGACAUGUGUUUGCAUUACACAGCCACCAUUGCUACCAAGUUCAACAUCCCUAGGAUCUCUUUUUUGGGACAAAGUUGCUUCAGCCUCUUUUGUAUGUACAGCCUGGGAGUUUCCAGAGUUCUGUCAGGCAUAACCUCAAAAACUGAGUACUUUGUUCUACCUGGUUUGCCUGAUAAGGUUGAGAUGACCAAAGCACAGCUUCCAGCACAAAAAACAAGUGAAGAAUGGAGACAGUUUUAUGCCAGAACUGCUGCUGCCGAAGGGGUUUCUUAUGGGGUGGUAAUGAAUUCAUUUGAAGAGUUGGAGGUAGCAUAUGCAAGGGGUUACAAGAAGGUAAAAAACGGUAGAAUGUGGUGUAUUGGUCCUGUUUCACUCAGCAACAAGGAUGAGUUAGACAAGGCUGAGAGAGGGAACAAAGCCUCAAUUGAUGAACAUUUUUGCAUGAAGUGGCUUGAUUUGCAGAAGCAAAGGGGUGUGAUCUAUGCAUGCCUAGGAAGCAUGUGCAACAUAACUCCACAACAAUUGAUAGAGCUUGGUUUGGCCUUGGAAGUAUCAAAUAGACCCUUCAUUUGGGUUAUCAGAGAAGGGAGUCAAUUAGAGCCAGUGGAGAAGUGGAUCAAAGAAGAGGGGUUUGAGGAAAGGACCAAAAAUCGAAGUCUUGUGAUCCAUGGUUGGGCUCCUCAGGUACUAAUUCUGUCACACCCUGCAAUUGGAGGGUUUUUAACACACUGCGGUUGGAACUCAACCUUGGAAGCAAUAUGUGCUGGUGUGCCAAUGGUCACAUGGCCUCUAUUUGGGGACCAGUUUCUCAAUGAGAAACUUAUUGUGCAAAUAUUAAGAGUAGGAGUGAAGAUUGGGGUGGAGGUUCCUGUGGAAUGGGGUGAGGAAGAGGGAAAAGGCCUUUUGGUGAAGAAAGAAGAUGUGGAGAGAGCAAUUAAUGAGUUGAUGGAUGAGACAAGGGAAAGUGAAGAUAUUAGAGAAAGGGUUAAAGAGCUUGCAGAAAUGGCUGAGAAAGCUGUAGAAGAAGGUGGAUCUUCUCACUCCAACGUGACAUUCCUUAUCCAAGAUAUCAUGCAAAAAGCCAAGACAGAUGCAUAA